CUUUAGUCGGGAAUAAAAAAGGACCGCAAUACCGCUCAAUAGACCUCUGCCUCAAUGUACCUGAGAUCUAGCAGCAAUCACUCAGUAUACGAUUUCGAUUCUUUACCUCAGGCAGCCCGGACUAAGGCCAUCGUCGAAAGAUAGGUCUACAUCAACAUGGUGCGAGGAGACGCAGCCCGCUUCCAGUUCCUCCCCCCACAUCGCACUCUUCCCUCCACUCCUGUCCCACUCGCAGAUGCAGAGAAGAUGCUCACCGCGUAUCUCGACAAGACCGACUAUGAACCACACCUUCACCCAGACGCAAUUCUCAACGCCGUUGGCAUACAGCUGUCUCUUUCUAGUGGCACAGAAGGCGGACUGACUUUACAUAACCUACGGCGCAUCCAGGCCGGCUUACGAGGAGAGAAACUUGGACCAGGGACAUCGGCUGAUGAAGAUGCGAAGGGAAGCUUGCAGAUUCAGCCUGCUGGUCAGGAAGAGGUGCGCGAUGAAGAAGAUGUUCUGGCUUCUGAAGAUGAAGCUGCAGCUCUAGAAGAAGAUCCGCUGCGUAGACCGAUGCCAGCAGAGGAGAAGCUAGUGGACGGCAUGGCAAGUGACCGCGAGUCAGAGCAUGACGGCAAGAGUCAAUACAUCACUACUCAGCCGAAAGAGACCCAGGAGCCAGGUGAUGACGAGGCACUGGUGACAGCGAUCACUGCGAAGAAUGAAGCUGGCAAGAAACGGAAGAAGGUAGAGAUAGGGAAUGGCAGCGCUGCGAAAACAUUCGAGACUUCGAGAGAGAGGAAUCUUGAGAAAAAGAAGAAAGACCAAUCGAAGAAGUCGAUAAAUGAGAAAAAAACAAAAAGUGAGAAGAAGUCGAAGAAAGCCGAUGUAUAAUUUCUACGACUAGCUCACGAAAAGGUUGAUGUAACAUGUCACGAACACCAGUGGCCAAUGAUUCAUUCUGUGAGAUAUGGAACGCAUCACUUGAAGCAUUAUUCUAUCCAUCGGCAGGGCCUCACAUAUUUCCGACGCCAGUUGAUCCCAGCUCACAGUUCCCUUCCAGAUGCCUUCUCCGCCCGCACCUGAUCCGAGUCU